UUUUAUCGAUCAAGGGUUAUGCGCUGCGUACAUGGCUCAGCUACAUACCUGUUGCGUAACGCAGCUGAUUUGGAGCACAAGUUAUCCUUUCCGCUGUGCAUUUGUAAAUAUGUCACUCCUCCGCAAAUCCGUUCAACUUUUCAAUGUUGCAAAGCUAAAUACUAGAAUGCUUUCGGGCGUACAACGCAGCUACAGUGCUGGUGUUAAAAGAGUGGACGAUCGUUAUGCCUUUCCAGGUGCACGCGAUGCAUCAUUUGUAAACAGUUUGAAACUGACAAUGCCCGAAGAUUAUGCACCCAUACCAAUCUAUCGAGUCAUGGAUCGCGAUGGCUACGUACUCAACGAACAGGAGGAUCCUCAACUGAGCCAGGAGGUAGUUGAAAAAAUGUUCCGUGAUAUGCUGCUGCUAUCCACCAUGGACAAAAUAUUAUAUGAAUCACAGCGACAAGGGCGCAUUUCGUUCUAUAUGACCAAUUUUGGCGAGGAGGCCUCACACAUCGGAAGCGCUGCCGCCCUAGAAAUGCGUGACGUGAUAUAUGGCCAGUACCGAGAGGCGGGUGUCCUGGUCUGGCGCGGCUUUCGCAUUGAUCAGUUCGUCGAUCAGUGCUAUGGCAACGAUGAUGAUCUGGGUCGCGGCAAGCAGAUGCCCGUUCAUUAUGGCUCCAAAGAGCUUAAUUUUGUGACCAUCUCCAGUCCAUUGUCCACACAAAUACCGCAAGCUGUAGGCGCUGCCUAUGCUCUAAAACGUAAGCCGAACAACGACGCCUGCGUCGUUUGCUACUUUGGCGAAGGAGCUGCAUCCGAGGGUGAUGCCCAUGCAGCAUUUAAUUUCGCUGCAACCCUAGAGUGUCCAGUGAUAUUCUUUUGUCGCAACAAUGGCUUCGCCAUCUCCACUCCGUCGAAUGAACAAUACCGAGGCGAUGGUAUUGCUGGACGUGGUCCCAUGGGCUAUGGAAUAGCUACAGUUCGUGUGGAUGGUACCGAUGUGUUUGCCGUCUACAAUGCGAUGAAGCGAGCUCGGGAAUAUGUUCUACGAGAAAAUAAACCAGUUGUGCUCGAGGCCCUGGCCUACCGCGUUAGUCAUCAUUCGACGUCGGAUGACAGCACGGCGUAUCGCUCGGCGGAAGAGAUUGAAAUGUGGAACACUCUAGAGCAUCCCAUCUCCAAGCUGAAAAGCUAUAUGGUGCACAAGGGCUGGUUCAAUGAGAAAGAAGAAACGGAAUUUGUAAGCGGAGUACGCAAGCAGGUGCUCAAGCAGAUCGCCAUUUCCGAAAAGAAACUAAAGCCCAAUUGGCGUGAGAUGUUCGAGGGCGUAUAUGCCGACAUGCCCAAGCAUCUGCUGGAGCAACAGCGCGAGCUGGAGCAGCAUGUGGAGGCCCAUAAGCAACACUAUCCCUUGAAAAGCUUCAAGCAAUAGAGGGCUAAUCAACAGAAAAAAAGAAACUGAAAUCCUACAAAUCUUAAACGGAGAGACUAAUCGAAAAGUGCAUUUAUUAAGUUUAAGCAAUAUUGUGUUUUGUUUUGAAUGGUUCCAAACCAUCUGAAAUUUGUUGCUAAAUACGUAGACGAAACUUAAAUAA